AUUAUUUAAUAAUAUUAAUUAAUAACAUACAUUAUUGAAUAGUUUGAUGUUAUUUAAAAAAAUAUUAAGAGGUUAAGUUGAGAGUAAAAAAUAAAAAUACUUGUGAUAACUAAGUAAAUAGACAAUCGAGGAGGUGUAUAAUGUACGUGUCUGUUAGAAAGAGUUAACUUGAUGAAAUUACAGUGUCACAUUACUUAAGUGCUCAGCAAAACGUGAAUUUGGUGCUUAAUACGAUUGAAUGUCAACGAACGGUACUUUCCUUUGAAAAUUACAACGUACGAAAUACUAGUUAAAAAAUGUGUCGUAUGUGUGAAAAAUGAGUUAAAAAGUAUAUUGAAAAAUAUGUUAAUUAAAUAUUAGGGUUUUUAUCCAGCAGAAAAUUAGCAUAUCUAUUUUACAACAACCGAAUGUAAAUAAAAAAAUGCUAUGGCAGCCUUAGAGCCACAUAAUAAUGAAGAUGAUGGAAAUCCUGAGACUGAAUCAGAAGCCAGUAGUCUUUAUCAAUGUGGAUCGGUUAUUUCAACCGUACCUGAUAGACAUGGAUUUUUGGGAGGAUCACAAUAUAGCCCUGAAAGAAAGCAAGCAAUUCCACCUGAAGUAAUUCUAAGAAGAGAGAGAAAAUGGAUUCGGAUGCUAAAUAAUUGGAAUAAUUUUAUGUCACAUCAUUAUCGAAAAGUAAGAGAAAGAUGUAGAAAAGGAAUUCCGCCCUCAGUGCGACUUAGAGCGUGGUUAAAUUUAUGUGGAGGGCAAUUAUUGUUAAAUGAAAAUCCACAUUUAUAUGAAGAACUGAUAAAAAGACCAGGAGAUCCUAAAUACAUUGAAGACAUUAAAAAAGACCUACAUCGACAGUUCCCUCAGCAUGAGAUGUUUGUUGACAAUGGCCCAGGCCAACAAGAACUAUUUCAAGUGUUGAAAGCGUAUUCUAUUUUAAAUAGUAAAGUAGGAUACUGUCAAGCCCAAGCGCCUAUUGCAGCCUUUCUUCUAAUGCAUAUGCCAGCGGUCCAAGCUUUUUGGUGUCUUGUAGCUGUAUGCGACAAAUAUUUAGUUGGAUAUUACAGUCAAGGAAUGGAAACACUCCAGAGAGAUGGUGAUAUUCUUUUUGCUCUUUUGAAAAAAGUUUCUCCGGUUGCCUACAAACAUCUCAAAAAACAAAAGAUGGAACCAUGUCUCUACAUGACAGAAUGGUUUUUAUGCGUUUACACAAGAACAUUACCGUGGGAAAGCAUUUUACGAAUUUGGGAUAUGUUCCUAUGUGAAGGAGUGAAAAUUAUCUUUAAAGUUGGACUAGUAUUACUAAAAGGAUGUUUGGGAAGGACAUCACUUGUUAAACGAUGCCCUACAAUGUAUGAAACCCUUCAAGUAUUGAGGAACCCCCCUCAAGAAAUUAUGGAAGAAGAAGCACUAGUUUAUCAGAUUAUGAGACUGAAUUUGAGCGAAGAAGACUUUGAAUAUGAACAUCAAAGGCAAGUUAUGAGAAGAAAGAUGAAACAACAAAAAGAUCAAUCUUCCAAUACUAUUCCUAAUGGAAUUGAAUAAAGAUCGAUGCUCUAUUAUUAAACAAUAAAAAAGACAACAAAGUAAAAAUUAAUAUCACGGGCGUGCCUUCCAUGCAAUAAUAUGUAAUAAAAUGUGUAAUAUUAAAUUAUAGAGUAGUAGACAAAGAUUAACAUAACUAUUACUAGUAUGAGAAAUAAUAAAACUAUUUAUCAACGGUUCACGCACAUUCCCUGUAUUAAAUAAAAACUAUACAUUGUAAUAAUUUAAAAAAUCACAUUGGGAUAAUUAUUUAUAUAUAAAUAUUCACAAUUAUCUCUAUAUUUAAUAUAUACUGUAAUAAAGUAUAUUUAUAACUGAAUUCAAUUUGACAAAAAUUUUUUCAUUGUAAUCUACUAAUUAUUAAGAUUUUCUUUUUUUUUUUAAAUUGUGUACGAAGUAUUUGAUAUGU